AUGGCAGGCAUCAUUGUGAAGAACAUAGUUCAAGGUACACCCGAGCAUGGAUAUGCAGUGUUUCCCAUAUUUUCAUAUAUUUUCAACGGCCUCAACCCCGGUUCUAUUAAUUCCCUCAGGGUCAAUGAGGAGUCUGGCAGGUUUAUUUACUACUUUAUGGCGUUUGGGGCUUCCAUCCGUAGAUAUGCAUACAUGAGAAAGGUAGUUCCUGUUGAUGGCACACAUUUGUCCGGCAAGUACGAGGGCGUGCUGCUGUCCGCUGUCGCUCAAGAUACACAGAAUCAUAUCUAUCCCUUAGAUUAUUGUGUGGUGGAUAAGGAGAACGAUGCGUCGUGGGGCUUCUUCUUCGAGAAGCUUAAGGCCUUUGUCGUCGACGAACCAGAGCUGUGUAUUAUCUCCGACAGACACUACUACCAUGAGGCCAAGGCGUACACGUUGGAAGAAUUUAAUGACUACUUCAACGCCCUUAAAGAAAGAUGCCCCAGUGCAGCAGCUUGCCUCGAGAAUGAAGUAGGAUUUGAAAAGUGGAUCCGGGCUCACUUUCCAGGUAAUCGAUUCAAUAUCAUGACCUCAAACAUCCCUGAGUUGCUCAAAUCAAUGUUGCGCGAUGAAAGAGAGUAUCCAGUGGCGGCCAUUUUCAAUUCAAUUGCACAAAGAUUUGGAGAAAUAUUCAGGAAGAGGUAUGCAGAGGUGGAUAAUUCAAAGACAACCUUUGUUCCCGUAGCUGAGACAAUCUUAAGGGAAAACAUGACCAAGGGGGAUAAAUUAUAUGUGAACAACAUAGACGAAUUCACCAUGCUUGGCUAUGAUCGUUUCGCAAAAAUUAAUCUUUCGAGAAAGUCAUGUUCUUACAGAAAGUACGACUUGGUGAAAUUGCCAUGCGCUCAUGCAAUGGCAGCAUUGCAUUUGAAGCACGGGGAUGAAUAUGGCACUAGAAUUUACAACUACUCUUUGCAAAUAUAUUUGAAAGAAUCAUACCUCCUUGCAUACUUGGAACCUAUUUGUGCAGCACCACUUGAGUUGGAGUGGAGUGUAGAGCGAGAGUAUCUUGAAAUGCAAGUUCUUUUACCCGACUUCGAUCCUAAACUCGGAUGGAGGAAGUUGAAAAGCGUUAAGGGUGUGUUAGGGCCUUCAAGGUACAAGAAAAGAAACAAGUGCUCCAAGUGCAAAAGGCUGGGACAUAAGAGAACAACAUGCAACUUUAACGUAGGAUAA